AUGAUCAAGGCGCAAACUGAUACACCAGCUUCUCCAACUGAGGCCUCUAGCAUUCGGUCAACUAGCGUAAGCCUAUCCGGUUCCGGAGUAGUAACCAGCAAAAUCAUUCCUAUUUCGCCCACCUCCAAUGGCGAAUCAAGCUGUGGACAAUCUACAGGCACUGGCGGAGGACGGGUGAGUGGCACAAGCACUAGCCGUAGCAGUAGUAGCAGUACCAGUGGUAUUAACACCACAACUGGCAUCACUACUAAUAGUGGGACAGGCAAUGGCAAUAUGUAUCUGCCCGAGCAGGCUGGGAAGCCUGGUGGUAGGACGAGUGCCAGCAGUACUUCAGUAAGUUCAAGCCAAGCCUCCCGAACUCCCUGUCCUGCUGCAAAUUCAUUUGACAGCCUGGCUUCUGGAGGGUGA